AAGUGGAUCUGCYGGACUGAUGAGCAGAAGCCGAAAUGCAAAACAAAUGCCCCUAAAAUGAUCUCUUUGGUGACUUAACAUACUUUUUAUUCCAAAACAUACGAGUAUUAUCAGGUUUUGAACUAAGAUGAACUGAAACUGAGAGGCUGCUUUUAAGUUUGUCAUCAUGUCGUUUUUGGUGGACUCAGUGAUCAUGUUCACCUCUCAGGUGUUGUUCUUUGGGUUUGGCUGGUUGUUUUUCAUGCGGCAGUUAUUCAAAGACUAUGAGGUGCGUCAGUAUGUUGUCCAGGUGGUUUUCUCCGUCACCUUUGCAUUCUCAUGUACCAUGUUUGAGCUCAUUAUCUUCGAGAUUCUCGGUGCCUUAAGCAGCAGUUCCAGGUAUUUCCACUGGAAGCUGAAUCUGUACGUGAUUCUGCUGGUUCUAAUCUUUGUGGUGCCUUUCUACAUCGGCUAUUUUGUUGUCAGCAACAUACGACUGUUUCAGAAGCAAAGACUUCUUUUUGCCUGUAUGGUUUGGUUCACCUUCAUGUAUUUCUUCUGGAAGCUGGGUGACCCCUUCCCCAUCUUGAGUCCGAAGCAUGGAAUUCUGUCCAUUGAGCAGCUAAUCAGUCGCGUUGGAGUGAUCGGUGUCACUCUCAUGGCGCUGCUGUCGGGCUUCGGUGCUGUCAACUGUCCCUACACCUAUAUGUCUUAUUUCCUAAGGAAUGUCACAGACAGUGAUAUCCUUGCUUUAGAGAGGCGACUGCUCCAAACUAUGGACAUGAUUGUCAGCAAAAAGAAGCGGAUUGCUAUGACACGGAGGCAGAUGUACCAACGAGGGGAGGACCAGAAUAAACAGACAGGAUUGUGGGGGAUGAUCAAGAGUGUCACUUCCACUCAAACAGGCAGUGAAAAUCUCUCUCUGAUCCAGCAAGAAGUUGAUGCUCUGGAGGAGUUGAGUCGACAACUUUUCCUUGAAACUGUGGAUUUGCAGGCCACCAAGGAGCGGAUUGAAUACUCGAAGACAUUUCAGGGAAAAUACUUCAACUUUCUUGGUUACUUCUUCUCCAUCUAUUGCGUUUGGAAAAUUUUCAUGGCCACAAUAAACAUUGUGUUCGAUCGAGUUGGAAAGACAGAUCCGGUGACGAGGGGCAUUGAAAUUACAGUGAACUACCUGGGCAUCCAGUUCGAUGUUAAGUUUUGGUCUCAACAUAUUUCUUUCAUCUUGGUUGGAAUUAUAAUUGUKACUUCCAUCCGAGGCCUACUCAUCACUCUCACUAAG